UAUAUAACCACACAAACUUCAAACUCGCAGCCACUUUUGAAAACGUUCGAUACACAGAGGUCGCGUGGUCGAUCUUUGUUAUCUUCGCCUUCGUCGAAAGGCGAAGAUAUAUAACUUUUGAGUCUUUUUAUUAGCUACGUCACAUAGAAUUUGAUUUUUUUUCCUGUCGGCGUGUUCUUGAAGGCAGCCGGAAGCGGAAAAUUUCAAUAAAUUGAAGGCACAAGCAGAAUUUCUGUAUGAAUUUAAGAGGAAUUUGUAUGUAAAGUUGAGGCAAAGGAGGAAUCUGCAGGCACUUUUAAGGGAUCUGCAAGCCAUUGCCAGGCCUGUCUGAAAAUCUGUUUUUUAGUUUGAUUUGAUGGCGAAAUCAAAGGGAAUUUCUGAGCAAUACGGAGGCGUCUCGAGUCCUCAGUAUGUUCGGAUGCAGGGCGAACCUCCUUUGGCUGCUUCGGGUAGUUUUCACAGGGCAGACCAGGAGCGGAUCCGGAUUUUUGAGGAAUUGCCCCGCGCUACGGUGGUUGACGUCUCUCGCCCCGUAUCAAAUGACAUUAGCCAGAUUCAGAUUCAGCUCGUCUACUUCAUUCAAAUUGAGUACAAGGAGUUUAAAUGGCAGCUUGUAAAGAAAGCCUCCCAAGUUUUAUAUUUGCAUUUUGCUCUGAAGAAACGUGCAAUUAUUGAGGAGCUUCACGAGAAACAAGAGCAGGCUAAAGAAUGGCUCCAAAGCAUUGGAAUUGGAGAGCACACAACUGAAGAGGUUGAAGGGCAUGAUGAAGAUGAGAACGAUGAAGAUCUAGUAUACUCACACCAGGAGGAAAGCCAUACAAACAAAAGCAGAGAUGUUCCUUCGAGUGCUGCAUUGCCAGUCAUUCGCCCGGCAUUGGGACGCUUGGAGUCUAUUGCAGAUAAAUCUAAGUCAGCAAUGCAAGGAUACCUCAAUCAUUUUCUGGACAAUCUGGAUAUUGUAAAUUCUAAGGAGGUGUGCAAGUUCUUAGAAGUUUCCAAACUUUCCUUUCUACCAGAGUAUGGGCCUAAGUUGAAGGAGGAGUUUGUUAUGGUCAGGCAUCUGCCAAAGAUACAUGCAGAAGAGGAGAGGACACGAUGUGGGUGUUGUUGGUGGCUUUGUUGCUGUUGUAAUGAAAACUGGCAGAAGGUGUGGGCUGUGCUAAAACCUGGGUUCCUUGCACUUUUGGCAGAUCCCUUUGAUCCUACUCUGUUGGAUAUCAUUGUCUUUGAUAUUCUUUCUCCUUCAGAUGGAAAUGGAGAUGGUCAAAUAUGUCUAGCAAAACUGUCAAAGGAACGUAAUCCUUUGCGUUAUGGAUUCACGGUGACAUGUGGGAACAGGACUGUGAAGAUAAGGACAAAGGGAGCUAGCAGAGCACGAGAUUGGGUUGUAGCAAUUAAUGAUGCUGGGUUACGGCCUCCUGAAGGGUGGUGUCACCCUCAUCGCUUUGGAUCUUUUGCCCCCCCAAGAGGUUUGACUCCUGAUGGCAGUGAAGUUCAGUGGUUUAUUGAUGGAAAAGUUGCCUUUGAAGCUAUUGCUUCAGCUAUUGAAGACGCAAAAUCAGAGAUAUUCAUAACAGGUUGGUGGAUAUGUCCAGAGCUGUAUUUGCGCCGUCCAUAUGAUGACAAUGCAUCAUCUCGUCUGGAUGCUUUGCUGGAAGCUAAAGCAAAGGAAGGAGUACAGAUAUACAUACUGAUGUACAAGGAAGUUGCUCUUGCAUUAAAGAUUAACAGUGUCUAUAGCAAACGCCGUCUUCUCAGCAUCCACGAGAAUGUGAAGGUGCUACGUUACCCUGAUCAUUUCUCAUCUGGUGUCUAUUUCUGGUCCCACCAUGAGAAGAUAGUGAUUGUUGACUAUCACGUCUGUUUUCUAGGAGGUCUUGAUUUAUGUUUUGGCCGAUAUGACACCCCUGAUCAUACGGUGGCUGAUUUUCCUUCUACUAUAUGGCCUGGAAAAGACUACUAUAAUCCUAGGGAAUCAGAACCUAACUCAUGGGAAGAAACAAUGAAGGAUGAGUUAGAUCGUCAGAAACUUCCCCGCAUGCCCUGGCAUGAUGUGAACUGUGCACUAUGGGGCCCACCAUGCCGUGAUGUAGCAAGACACUUUGUUCAGCGCUGGAACCAUGCAAAGAGAAACAAGGCACCGUAUGAGCAAUCCAUUCCACUGCUUAUGCCUCACCAUUUCAUGGUUAUUCCACACUAUUUGAAGGCGGAUGAGAAAACGGAAAUACUGAGGGAACAUCAGGAAGAAUUGCAGAUAGAGAUCAAGAAACAAACAUCUCUUUCUGCAGAUUCAUCAUUCCAAGAUAUUCCAUUGCUUCUUUCCAAAGCUGAUGACGAACAUGAUAGGCCUGGAUGUCACCUAACUUUGAAUGGACUAGACAAGAUCAAUGCUCAAGCAGAUCAUUCCAGAAGAAGUGGAGAUGUUCUACCUUUUCUAUAUUCAAAAUCAAAUGGUGAAACUUUCUCCCUUGACACGCAGAUGACAGGUUUUGUAGAUGAUCAAGAUUUAGAACAUCCUCAGCAUAGAAAACCUCAAAGUAGGAUAACAGGAUUGAAAGAGAGUCUAUCUGAUAAAGCAUGGUGGGAGAUGCAAGAGAGGGAUGGACAGUUAUCCAGUGAAGAUGAAGUUGGUCAAGUUGGACCUCGCACUCCUUGCCGUUGCCAGGUGUUGCGAAGUGUUGGUCAGUGGUCAGCAGGCACAAGCCAACUUGAGGAAACUAGUAUUCAUGCAGCGUAUAUUUCCCUUAUUGAAAAAGCAGAGCAUUUCAUAUAUAUAGAGAAUCAAUUUUUUAUUUCAGGUCUUGAAGGAGAUGAUAUUAUUCUAAACCGCCUAUCACAAGCCAUAUAUGAUCGUAUUAUUCGAGCCCGUAAUGAGAAAAAAUGCUUUAGAGUUAUUGUGCUGAUACCGUUAUUGCCUGGUUUCCAGGGAGGUGUAGAUGAUAGUGGUGCUGCAUCAGUUAGAGCCAUAAUGCACUGGCAGUAUCGGACAAUAUGUAGAGGAAAAAAUUCAUUAUUAGAGAGGCUUGAAAAUGAUCUUGGCACUAAAGUUCGCAAUUAUGUUUCCUUUUAUGGUCUUAGAAAUUAUGGUAGACUUUCUGAAGGUGGUCUAUUAGCCACCAGCCAGAUUUAUGUGCACAGCAAACUAAUGAUAGUGGAUGAUCGUGCUGUCUUGAUUGGAUCCGCUAAUAUAAAUGAUAGAAGUUUACGGGGAUCUAGAGACUCUGAGAUAGCCAUCCUUGUAGAAGACAAUGAAUAUGUUGAUUCAUAUAUGAAUCAGGAACCUUGGAGAGCAGGUAGAUUUGCUUUUAAUCUUCGAUUGUCACUCUGGUCAGAACAUCUUGGUCUUCAAGGCCCAGAGAUAAACAAAAUUAAGGACCCUAUAUCUGAGGCAACAUACACACAUCUGUGGAGAGAAAUUGCAGAGACAAAUACAGCAGUUUAUCAAGACGUGUUUGAGUGCAUUCCAAAUGAUCUGAUUCGUUCUAGGUUUGCUAUUAGACAAGCCACAGCACAGCGGAAAGAAAAAGUAGGGCACACAACCAUUGACUUGGGUAUUGCUCCUGAUAAACUUGAUGAUUAUGAAAAUGGGUGUUAUAAAGGAACUGAUGCCUUGCAAAGAUUGUCGGAAACAUGCAAGGGUCAUCUAGUUUCCUUUCCAUUGGAAUUCAUGUGUGACGAAGACCUGCGACCAGUAUUCAAUGAAAGUGAAUAUUAUGCAUCUCCUGCAGUCUUUUACUAGUUGUAUAGAAUAGGGAUGAUGAUGGCCUUUCUAAAAUUAUUUUAGUUCAAUAACCUUAUCUAAGGGUGUUAAAUUAUGUCUUCUAUGAAUAAAUGACUGAUUAGUAACA